AGGAAUGUAAAUGAGAAGGCAGUAAGGGUAUGGAAUAUAUAGAUCAAAGAGCAGCAUGUAGGUUGGUCAGGGCUCACCCUUAUGGGUGCUCUACAUCUCCAAAAUUCCAGCAGAUAUCUAGAAGAUUUUUCGCUGUUCUCUUUAGGGCAUCAGUUGCUCCUGAAAGGAUAAGUUAUUGGUGACCAUGUGCAAACAGUGCUCAGAGUGUGAACGUGUAGGAGAGGUAUCAAAAUGAAGGUGCUCUAUUCGUACUCUUUACAAAAUCCCGUGGUUACUAUACAUUGGAGGAUGUCACGAGCUGUUCAGCUUCCAAUCCCCUGCCCUGUACAGCUUGGUUCAUUAAGGAAUGACUCUCUGGAAGCUCAGUUCCAUGAAUAUGUCAAACAAGGAAACUAUGUUAAAGUGAAAAAAAUUCUAAAGAAAGGAAUUUAUGUUGACACUGUAAAUUCCCUGGGUCAGACAGCACUUUUCACUGCAGCAUUGUUAGGUCUUCCUAAAUUAGUUGAUGUCCUGGUAGAUUAUGGAUCAGACCCAAAUCAUCGCUGCUUUGAUGGAAGUACCCCUGUUCAUGCAGCAGCAUUUUCAGGCAAUCAGUGGAUCCUCAGCAAACUAUUGGAUGCAGGUGGUGACCUGAGACUCCAUGAUGAAGAUGGGAAAAAACCUCAGAGCUGGGCAUUGUCUGCAGGGAAGGAGAGAAGCACUGCGAUUUUGGAGUUCAUGCACCGCUGUGCCUCCCAUAUGCAAGCAAUCAUUCAGGGAUUUUCUUAUGAUCUAUUGAAGAGGAUUGACUCUCCACAGAGACUCAUCUCUAGCCCAUCCAGAUUUGGCAAUCUGAUACAUGGAAACCCUGACAGCUCUCCUAACCGACUGCUCAAAUCUGGAGUUGUUUCUUCCAAAAACAUCUACAGCUUUGGUUUUGGGAAGUUUUAUCUCACAGGAGGGACACAGCUGGCUUAUUUGGGAUCUCUCCCAGUCAUCGGAGAAAAGGAAGUGAUUCAAGCAGAUGAUGAACCAACCUUCUCUUUCUGUAGUGGUCCCUACAUGGUCAUGACAAAUUUGGUGUGGAAUGGCAGUAGAGUCACAGUGAAGGAGCUCAAUUUUGCAACUCACCAAAACUGCAGUAAGCUUCGGUUUGCUGAUUUGUUGAUAGCAGAACAGGAGCAUAGUAGUAAAUUACGCCAUCCCCAUUUGCUGCAGCUGAUGGCCGUGUGCUUGUCUCAGGAUCUGGAAAAAACUCGUCUGGUGUAUGAACGGAUUAACAUUGGUUCCCUGUACAGCAUCCUUCAUGAAAGGCGCUCCCAGUUUCCUGUGUUGCACAUGGAGGUGAUUGUGCAUUUACUCCUCCAGAUUAAUGAUGCACUAAGAUAUUUGCACUCCAGAGGAUUUGUGCACCGCUCGCUUAGUUCCUAUGCUGUCCAUAUUGUUUCAGCAGGUGAAGCAAGACUGACCAACUUGGAAUACAUGAUCGAAAGUCAGGAUGGAGGUGCCCACAAGGACCUGACUCGUGUUCCCAUCCCAGCUUUACUGUAUAGUUGGUCUGCUCCAGAAGUAAUCUUGCAAAAGGCUGCUACAGUCAAAUCAGAUAUCUACAGCUUUUGUAUCAUCAUACAAGAAACCUUAACAGAUACUCUACCCUGGAAUGGUCUAGAAGGUUCAGUUAUUAAGGAAGCUGUAGUUUUGGGGAAUCAUUUAGAAGCAGAUGCCAGACUUCCGAAAACUUACUAUGAUAUUGUUAAGACGGGCAUACAGGUCAAACAAAAAGACCGGACUAUGAACCUUCAGGAUAUUCGAUAUAUUCUAAAGAAUGACUUAAAGGAUUUAAUUGAGGCUCAGAGAACCCAUCCAAUUGAAAACACAAAUGUUCAGAAAUAUAAAAAGCAUCAUGACAUAAAUAUUUACUUUGGCAUGACAUCAGAAAAUAAGAGAGAGGCUCUUGAUUUGGAAUUCCGAGAGCUGAAAGAAACAGGUUGUCAGCCCGAUUCACCACAAUCUCCCUCAGCUUUACCUGAAAAAACAGCACUGGAUUGCGAGGUUUUGAAUCACAGCAUGGCAGCUAAAGAAACUGAGAGUCGAGACACUCUCUCUGAAUUGGCCAGGGCUUGUAGCCCAAGUCGUGGAGAGGAGAGCCUCUGCAGUUUUGAAAUAAAUGAAAUCUACUCCUGUUACUUGGAUAUGUGUGAUGAUGAUUUGGGAGGAAUCACUACAUCAGAGAUGUCUGUAGGAAAUGGAAGAAACCUAGGAGAGGAGACUAAGUCCAUAACUGGAGAGUCACCUGAAAUAAACAAGGCUGCCCGCUCGGAUUAUGGAGAGGAUGACACACUUUCUGAAGCGGGCACAGAGUCUUCCUUUGAGCACUGGGAACCUCUCAGUGAGAAUUUCACUUCACACAUACAGGAGGUGCCUAGGGAAGCCAAGCCAGACUUGAGCAGCAAGUCCAGAACGGAGCAAUAUAUCAGUAAAUGUGUUCUCAACCUGAAAAUCUCCCAGACUUUAAUGCAGCAGGCAGCCGAAUCCCUGCGCAAUGCAGAGCAGAAAAUAGGCACGCUGGAGGUCAUGAGGAGGCGGCAGGAGCAACAGAUGUCCUCCUCGUGGGCUGCCCUCAGCUUCUGUGUUCGGGGUCAUGACCCAUUAGUGCUGUGGGCUGCCGCUGGGCCCCCUGCCAAGUGCUACAUCCCUCCUUCGGUACAGGUGCUAGCCCAGCAGCCUGGCUGUGUGGACCAUUUCCAGAACUUGCUGAAGACGGCUCGGGCAAUGAGAGAAUUCCAGGGUAUGGGUCUCGAAGGCAGUGUUGGCCAGAGACACAAGAGAAAAGGGGGUCACAGCUGGAAGCCUUUUGAGUCUGUUCCUGAAGAGAGUAUUGGAGACCAGGCUGAAAAGAACCCCCAGCCAUUAUCCUUUUGUGGAACCAACAGACUGUGCACAAAUGUUAAGUUACAGUACCCACAAGGCGAUGAUGAGAAUUUGGAAAUUACUACCAGAAACCAAGAGACGGUCAGGAUGAAUGUGGACUCAAUAUCAUCUGAAUUCUAUAACUCAAAGACAAGAGGUGAUGACAGUAGAGAGGCACGAUUAAAAUGGACAACUGAAGUGAAAGAAAUGGCUGAAAAAGCAGCUAGUGGACAGCUUGGGAGUCUUCUUUGGUAUCCUCAGAGCAGUCUCAUCUCAGACAGUGAGACAGAAAAUGAUUCUGAAUCUGUGCGGCAGCCUUUUCCUAGAGAACCAUUGCACUCUGACUGCCCCGGGGCUGAUCCUCCUAGAGAACAUGAUGAUCCCAGUGGGAAGGACCAGGGUGAGAAAACCAUCCUUAAUGACCAGGACAGUGAGGACAGUGAGGGGAAAGAGACUGGGUUCCAGAAUGUAACAGGCACAAGACAUCACUUGCCAAGGAAGAAAAAGCAUCCAGAACAUGGAGGAGCCUUUCACAAGCAUUCUGACUCUCCUGAAGGAAUUGAGAAGUUCUGUAGUGAGCAUUCUAUGGAAUCACCUCGUUCAGUAGAUUCUUCUGAAGAUGUAACAGAUGAAUUUUUAACUCCUGAUCAUGAUUACUUUUACUCUUCAACUGUUCAAGAACAUUUAGAAGCUAAGGUAAAAGUUAAAUCCCAGACUUUUCAUGAAGAAAGUGACUUGGAAGUCACACAAGAAGUCUGUAGUGACCAAAAACAAGAUUCUGGUAAAAUGUGUUCAGGUGGAGAAAGAUUUCAAGUGAUUGAAAAAAUUCUUGGCAAUAAGUCUGAGUGUGUAACAGAACUUCAAUUCACACCCAUAAGCCUUGGAGAAGAAGAAACAUUAGAAGAAUCCUCAAAAGAAUUGAAAGAAAAGGAUAUAUCGUUGGUAGAUAUUCAGGAGUUGUCCAGUAUUUCAUGGGAACAAGGAUGCUCUUAUAAGGAAAUCCCCUGUAAAACACCCAGAACAAGUCAUGGACCAACCAGUGUCAGCACUCCAGUCAGCCCGGCAGGGGCAGCUUCAUCAGUCAUCAAUCUGUGUAAAGACUGUUCUGAAGGGAGCUCUUCCCAACCUAAUAUCCAGGCGACCUCUUGCUGGGACAGCCAGGACUCCAUUCAGACAAUGUCAAAUACAUUCAUGACAGCCAGCCAUGAAAAGGGCCAGAGAACUGAUUCCUUCUCCUUCCCCUCUGAAAUGCCUUCCUUUGGACUGACAGACCAUUUACAGGAUAAUUUGUCCACAUUCAGUGGUUCUUCUAUCAUCAAGGCCAAAACAGAAUCUGUGAAACUAUUUCCUGCCACUCAGCAAAGCAGAUUUCAUAAAGAGAGAGCAGAUUCUCCUUCAUUAGAGUGUACUGAUGAACUACCUCUACCUUCUCAAGAACUGCUUGAUGAAAUAGCUCUAGAUCAAAGGCAUUUAGAAGAAAAGCUAAUUGAAAAUAAAGGAGAAGAUGGCAGUAUACUUUGGACCAAAGAAACUCUGUACCUAACAGAAGAGACAGACAGGGCUCACUCUACUCUGGAUGAGGAGUUGGAAAGAUGGCUACAGCCAUCUGAGAAGAGCCAGGAGCUUCAAGGUCUUACAAAGAGCCCUGCAAGGGAGACAAGUCUAACAGAUCAAGAAGUUGGUGAAAAGAAGAAAAAGGGGGAAGAAGGGACCAAAGCAGAGAGAAGGAAAAUAGACUGCUUUCCUGGGAGCCCUGAAGAUCAGGAAGAACUGAAACCUGGUUUGUGGCAUCGCCUGGGUUGGACCCAGCCAUCCAGGAUAAUCGUUCUGGAUCAGAGCAGCACCUCAGACUAAUCUGAAUUAGAUAGUAGAUAAGUUUCCGGUAUGUUUUUGUGUUCUCCCUGUUGCACACUCCCUGCCUCUGGUUGCCUGUGAUCCUUACGACCCUCAUCAAAUCCUUCUGCAGUUGGUGGUGCUUGGACUUAACUCUUCACUAAAAUAACAGACACGAGGGAUGUGCCUGGAUCCAUUUGCUGGUGCAUAGAGCCUUGUUCUUUAGUCUUAGUUUAUUGGUGAGAGAGUAUUUGGGGCAUAAAAGUUUUUUUUUUUUUUUUUUUUUUUUUUUUUGUGGGCCUGUAAAUUUAGUGCUAUUCCUGUCAGUGGCUCUUGGUGGGAUGAAUCAACCAUUCACUAUUGGUUUAUGUAUCAUAAAUGUUCCCUGUGUUAGACUAGUUUGGUUUUCACUGUGUAAGAUGCUACUGCUCUGCCUGCUUAUUCUAAUUAUGCUGGUACCAAAGAGUGGACACCUGAAGUUUACAGGGGCUUCAACGCAAAGAAAACCCUUCAGUUUAUAUUUUGGGAGAUUGUCAAGUGAAGAAUUGGUCACUGUCCCACAUAGAAAAUGGAAAUCAGCGUUUUAUAACUGAGACAUUGCUUUUAUUUUGAGUUAUUACUCAUUUUCAUACUGGUUGUCUCAAGUUCUGGUUAGUAUCCACUUAACAAGCAAAAAGGUUCUGUGCUACUCCAUAUGUAGUCUGGAGUAUGGGAAUGUGGAGGGACAGAAGUACCCAGGAGAGGGUAGGGUACAAGCUCCUUAAAGGAAAGACUGAGUUAUUACAUAUUUCAACACUAUAUAGCUCACAUAUGGUGUCAAAGAAGUGAGCUAAAGCUAACAUCUCCAUCAUAUAUUAUAAUUCAUUCGCCUGGGAGGUGGGCAUAAGUACCCUGGAUACAUAUUAUUAGAGCACGGUAUUGCCUUGACUUGCUUCCCCUUUAUGUUUGAAUAUGAGCUGUCAGCAGCACUGACCAGAUAACCAUCUGUCUUGAUGAAAGAAUGGUGGAAUUUUCAAAGUUUGAAUGCUACAAAGAGGCAGCUAUGAGAGUACAAAAUAAAUGGAAAUUUUUUAUGCAAAAAAUGUUAUACAGUUGUGUUGUGUUAUUGGAAUACCAGCCAAAAACAAGAAUUCAUCAUGGGGGAGAUAAAGUAAAAGACAGUCUGGUCUCCACAAGUUUAUAGAAAAC